AUGUCAUCCCCAGACAUUUGUAGACUGUUCCUAGACCUGUCUCGACGAACCCAUCAGCGCCCUAAAGGGCAGGUGGGGGCGCAGCUGCGGCUGUAUAACACUGCACAUCACGCGGCUGCUCGUACUGACCCGGAGGUGAGGGCGCAGGAGCAGCUGCAGAACACUGUGCAGCGUGCCGUUGCCCGUGCUAAUCCCGAGGUGGCGGUCAAGGUGGAGCAGAGCGGCCGCCUCGCCCUGCACAUCCACGGUGUUGCGCAUGUGGCCACAUUCGCAGUCGAGCGCCUUCAGGCGCUGUUCAGUGGACCCAACUGCCGAGCGCUGGCCCUGGCAUACGCCCUGUGCGCCAUGUGGUAUCCCUCGCCGUACUAUGACCCUUUCACCUGCGGUGCAGAACACUACGUCAUGGAUAUGACCGUCGAAGAGGUCCAGCAGCAUGGCCGUGCGCCUCCGCCCGUGGACAAGUCCUGCCCGCCUGCAGCGUACGAUUUUGGCAGGCUGGCCGGCUGUGCAGGUGGCGGACUCCCGCCGCCUCCCCGGCAUGCUGCUUGCCGCACGCACCAUGCGGCCGUCAUUCGCAGCACGCUUACUCAUACACAUAACGACACCUGCAAGCGACACGGCUGCCGUGGCACAGAUGAUAGCUGUGGCAUGGCAUUCCCUCGUGUCCUGCGCAGCGCCUUCCAGUGGAUUGGCACCGGCGGCCUCUUCCUUCUGCCGCGAUUGGGCCCGAACAUUGUACCGCACAUGCCAGCUGCAGCGCUGGCAUUUGGGUGCAACCAGCUGUUUAGUCUGGCGUGCGAGGUGGAUCGCGUCUACAUGGCAGAGGCAGCAGCGCAACUGGCCCGCCCUGAAGAUGAACGGGGGGACUGUGUGCUGCUGCAGCCUGCUGCUGACCGCGCCUGCGACGCUGCCUACUACAGCACGAAGUACACUGGCAAGAGCAUCAACGACAGCCAGGCACAGCUGACAUGCAACGCUCUUACCCGAGUGCAGGAUUUCCUGCUAGCUGGAAGGACACCGAAUCCGGGUGCCAGUGGGCCCACCGCGUUUGGCAACAUGUGUGCCACUGUGCAUCGCAUGACCGCUUCCAUUACGGCUGGUAUGGCGCUUGUCGCCAUGAAGCUGGACGGUCAUUCCACCUUCGAGGCGACGUUCGAUUGCGCAUACCUGCAGUUCUCGCCCUCUGUCCCAACCGUGCAACCUCUGCACGGAGACGAGGACAACGAUGGCGACCCUAAUGAGGCCGCCGCUGGAUCUCAAGGCAGUCAGCAGCAACCCGAAGCAGCAGCACGCCGGCCCCGGGCCGUCCCACAGACGCAGAGCUGCAUACUUGAGGGCUUCCGGGUUUACCGAUCCCUGGCUAAGACGGUCUUCUUGCUGGAGAAGCAGCAGCGCCAGGACAGCAGCCCCUCUGGUCGUCGCCUGACAGAGUAUGCCUCUAUGUUUGGCGGUGAGCCAGCCACCGAGCAGCGCAUAGCCGAGAUGGUCGACGACCUUAACAGCCGCGCCAUCGUCGACUUGGCCGACCUGGCACACCUCGAGCCACGCGUCGUGCUGCAGAGGAACGAACCACGCCACACACUCAAUACCCGGCUCAUCAUGCUGGAGGCACAGCGCAAGAAGCAGCGCCUUGUGGUGUGGAAUGCGGACCACGUCCCUGUCCAGAAGCGCGGUGCUGCUGCGGAACCGGCCCUGACACACGUGGAGAAAGCAGUUGCGAUGCGGAUCAAGGAUCACGAGUUUGGCCACACCACCGCCGACACGUGGUACUACCAUGGCGCCCGAUACAUCCUCCUUGAUACGACUGCUGCCGAUGCCGGAGCGAGCCACAACAACGAGGUGGAAGCCUGCGGCCUGCUUGAGGAUGGCCGCGAGCCAGCCGAUGAUGGCCGUGGCCCCUACCGCCGGCUCAAGUACCUUCCAGCGGCUGUCAUUGUGCGGCCUAUAAGCGGCCACAUCCCCGGCACCGUGCUGCAGGGCCUUGGAGACUACGCCAGCAGGGGUGGUGCCUUCAUCCUGUCACCCCGGGCGUCUUGCAUUGCCGAGGUCGACAUGCCUGCCGCCGGAACAUGGCGCCUACAAGAUACAGUACACGUAAGGGCAACACUGUCGACAAAUGGUCCACCUGCGACCAGCGCAAGCAGCUCGAAUCGGGACACGGCCCUCCUUGCCGAUGUGCUGGACCAAUUGAAGACAAUGAACAACAAGCUUGGCAAGCUAUCAAAACAGGUACAUCGUUUGGAGACACGCUUAUCUGAGCUUUACGAGUUUACUAGCUUACCUCUGAUUAGCAGCCAUUUUAACAACGAUUUCGCGGAAAGUGUGGACCUACGGAGUGCUGCGCACGUCGUUGACCACAUCCUAGGGCUGGCGCUCAACCUGGACGUUUCGGCCCUAAAGCAGCGCGGAGCACUCAUCAGUAUCCUGGAAGACUACGUCCUAAAAGACCGCCAGGGUUUGCGUGCGGCGUUAAAAUCCCUCAUUGACGAGGCGUGUGAGGAGGCCGGGGUGUGCAUGGUCGCCUUACCUAGCAACUUCCAAACCGCCUCCUGGGAUGACAUCCGCGCAUGUCUGCAGGAGCUCCAACUGGGUUACUCCUUCCCCGGCUCCAGGGGGGAUGACCGAAUCAACGACCUCAUGCGCUGUGUGGAUGCACUGGAGACGGGGCUGCCACCGCCGCGGCCGCUGCCUGGGUUCAUGGCCAUGGCCACGGCCAUGUCGGGCGGUAGCUGCAUGUCCAGAAUCACGCUGGACUGCCGGGGCCGUAUUGAUGUACGGGAUACGUACAUUGAGUUUCACAUUGGAGCAUUCAAGGGCGUUACUGCGGGCUACCCGGAGACGUGUCUGCUGCUCAAGCGAGCCGCCGCCUUGUUUGUGUGGGCGUACAAGCUGAAGCUGUACGACGAUUUCGAGGUGGAGGUGCACGGGCGACGCAGCCAGGCGGAUAUUGCGUACCGGUACUUCUCCGUGAAGCCCACCGGGCUGCAUGAGCACUACGCCAAGCUGGUCGUAGAACUGCAACUGAGCUCUCAUGCAGGCUACAACAUCUCUCUCCUACUCGCUUUCAAGCCAAGUUUAAAGAGCGGCCGGUAG